GACUGGCAGCUGCGUCGGCUGGGGCGCCCGGGAGGAGUGGGCCGCCUUGCCUUCUCUUCUCUUCUCUUCUUUCGGGUGAGCGGCGAGACGCCGGGAGCUGCGCCCAGGAAUUUCCUCCAGCUCCUGUAAAAUGCUUUGAAAGUGGAUUGGAUACAAGCUGAACCCCAGCCUAUGUGGACCUUCCAUACUUCUCUCCACGCCCUUCUGAUGGCCUUUUGAGUCCCAGUGGAGUCCCAGUGACUGGCAGCUCAUGAUGAGUGAUGAGAAGAGCCUUGGAGUGUCCCAAAAGUUGGUCUCGCCUUCCAGGAGCACUAGUAGCUGCUCCUCUAAGCAGGGAAGCCGACAGGACAGCUGGGAAGUGGUGGAAGGACUGAGGGGAGAGAUGAACUACACCCAGGAACCGUUGGUGCAGAAAGGAUUUUUACUGAAAAAGAGAAAAUGGCCUCUGAAAGGCUGGCACAAGAGAUUCUUCUACCUGGACAAAGGGAUCUUGAAAUAUGCCAAGAGCCAAACCGAUAUAGAGAGAGAGAAACUGCAUGGCUGCAUUGAUGUUGGGCUUUCAGUGAUGUCUGUCAAGAAGUCAUCAAAAUGCAUUGAUCUGGACACUGAGGAGCACAUCUAUCAUCUGAAGGUCAAGUCAGAAGAAGUCUUUGAUGAGUGGGUGUCCAAACUCCGUCAUCACAGAAUGUACCGUCAGAAUGAAAUUGCCAUGUUUCCACAUGAAGUGAAUCACUUUUUUCCGGGAUCCAGCGUCACAGAUGGUGCUCCUGGGGUCUUAGACUCCAUGUCAAGUAGGAAGCGUAGCAGUAUAUCAAAGCAGAAUUUGUUUCAAACUGGAAGCAGUUUGCCAUUUUCUUGUGGUGAGUCUCGAGUUCCAUCGUGGUUACAGUCUUCAGAAGACAUGGAAAAGUGCUCAAAAGACCUCACCCACUGUCAUGCUUACCUGGUGGAGAUGAAUCAGCUUCUACAAAGCAUGGAUGUGCUGCACCGCACAUACUCGGCCCCCGCCAUCAAUGCCAUGCAGGGUGGAGCUUUUGAAAGUCCCAAAAAGGAAAAAAGAUCACACAGGAGGUGGCGGUCCAGAGGUCUUGGCAAAGAUGCCAAAGGAACACUGCAGGUUCCUAAACCUUUUCCUGGCCCUGUCAGACUGCAUUCCUCCAAUCCUAAUCUGUCCACACUUGACUUUGGAGAAGACAAAAAUUAUUCUGAUGGCUCUGAAACCUCAUCAGAAUUUUCUAAAAUGCAAGAAGACCUGUGUCAUAUUGCCCAUAAAACCUACUUAACUUUAAGGUCAGCUUUUAAUACCAUAUCAACGGAGAGAGAGAAACUGAAGCAGCUGAUGGAACAGGAUGUCUCUGCGUCCCCCUCCGCCCAGGUCCUUGGUCUGAAGCACGCUCUUUCCUCUGCCAUAGCACAAAACACAGAUCUUAAAGAACGCUUAUGCAGAAUCCAUGCUGAGUCUCUGCUCCUCGACUCCCCCGCUGCUGCCAAGUUGGGUGACAGUCUGGCAGAGGAAAACUCCAGAGAUGACAGCCGAGUCUUGGUUCACCAGCUUUCCAAUGAAAGUCGGCUCUCCAUCACUGACUCCAUGUCUGAGUUUUUUGAUGCUCAGGAAGUCCUGUUAUCUCCAAGUUCUUCUGAAAACGAGAUUUCUGAAGAUGAUUCAUAUGUCAGUGACAUAAGUGAUAACCUUUCCUUAGACAAUCUCAGUAAUGAUUUAGAUAAUGAGAGACAGACUUUAGGGCCUGAUUUUGAAAGUGGAGGAGAAUCCAGGUCUCAGAGGCGAACAUGCUUGCCAGCUCCAUGCCCCAACACCAGUAACAUCAGCCUAUGGAACAUCCUGAGAAAUAACAUAGGGAAGGAUCUAUCCAAAGUAGCCAUGCCGGUGGAGCUGAACGAACCAUUGAACACACUGCAAAGGCUUUGCGAGGAGCUAGAAUAUAGCGAACUAUUGGACAAGGCUGCACAGCUGCCCGAUGCCGUGGAGAGGAUGGUGUAUGUGGCAGCCUUUGCUGUGUCCGCUUAUGCUUCUAGCUACUUCCGAGCUGGGAGCAAACCCUUUAACCCAGUGCUGGGAGAAACAUACGAGUGUAUUCGGGAGGACAAGGGCUUCCAGUACUUUUCAGAACAGGUCAGUCACCAUCCACCUAUCUCUGCUUGUCAUGCUGAGUCUGGAAAUUUUGUUUUCUGGCAAGAUGUGAGAUGGAAAAACAAAUUCUGGGGCAAAUCCAUGGAAAUUGUUCCCAUAGGCACAACUCAUGUGACUCUUCCAGCGUUUGGAGAUCACUUUGAAUGGAACAAAGUAACUUCUUGCAUCCAUAACAUACUAAGUGGUCAGCGGUGGAUCGAGCACUAUGGAGAGAUCAUCAUCAAGAAUCUGAAUGACGACUCCUGCCAUUGCAAAGUGAACUUUAUAAAGGCUAAGUACUGGAGCACUAACGCCCGAGAAAUCGAAGGCACCGUGUAUGACAGGAGUGGGAAAGCAGUACGCCGGCUCUUUGGGAAAUGGCACGAAAGCAUAUAUUGUGGCAGCUCAUCGUCUGCUGUUUGCAUCUGGAGAGCAAAUCCGAUGCCAAAGGGCUACGAGCAAUAUUAUGGCUUCACGCAGUUUGCACUUGAAUUAAAUGAAAUAGAUCCUUUGUCAAAGUCUUUAUUACCACCGACUGACACUCGAUUUCGGCCAGACCAAAGGUUCCUGGAAGAAGGGAACAUAGAAGAAGCAGAAGUGCAGAAGCAGAGGAUUGAGCAGCUGCAGCGGGACCGGAGGCGGAUCCUGGAGGAGAAUAAUGUGGAGCACAAACCCCGGUUCUUCAGGAAAUCUGACGAUGACGCUUGGGUGAGCAAUGGAACCUAUUUGGAACUUAGGAAAGAUCUUGGUUUUUCUACACUCGAUCAUCCUGUCUUGUGGUGAAGAGAGAAAGGAUG